CUGACACAGAACAAAAUGGCUUCAGACGAAAUCGUGUGGUCCAUCAUCGGAACCGACUUUUGCAGCUACAAGUUGAAGACGACCAAGGACCAGACUUUUUGUCGCAAUGAGCACAAUGUCUCUGGUUUCUGCAGCAAGCAGUCCUGUCCGCUUGCGAACUCCCGCUAUGCCACAAUACGCUCCGACCCCAAGACCGGCGAACUCUACCUGUACAUCAAGGCUAUCGAGCGCGCGCAUUUGCCGAACAAGUGGUGGGAGCGCAUAAAGCUGCCCAAGAACUACACCAAGGCCCUUGAAAUGGUCGACUCGCAUCUGCAGUACUUUCCAAAGUUCCUCGUCCACAAGAACAAGCAGCGUCUGACCAGACUGACGCAAGUCAACAUUCGCAUCCGCAAGCUGGCGAAGGAAGAAGAGCGGCUUGGUGAGAGACUGGUACCCCGCUUGGCACCCAAGGUCAGGAGACGAGAGGACGCCAGGGAAAGGAAGGCUCUGGCUGCAGCAAAGGUCGAGCGCUCCAUUGAACGAGUACUCAUCGACCGUCUUCGUUCUGGUGCUUACGGAGACCGCCCGCUCAAUGUUGAGCCGAACGUGUGGAAGCGAGUCAUGAAGGGCCUGGAGAAGGAAGGUCAGCUCGAGCGCGACGAGGAUCUUGACGACGGUGAAUUGGAGGAGGAGGAUGGGGAGGAGAAUGAGUACGAGUAUGAGAAUGGUGUCGGCGAAGUCGAGUACGUGAGCGACAUCGAGGGCGAGUCAGACGACGAGAUGGAAGACUUCGAGGACUGGGUCGGUGGACAGAGCCCAGACGAGGGCUCAGGGGACGACAGCGACGACGGCGAGAGCGCAAGUGGCAGUGAAGAGGAAGAUGAGUCUGACGGCGAGGACAACGAAGCACUCAAGAAGGCACUCGCCAACCUCAAGAGGAAACGCCCAGCCGCACCUCCUUCCAAGCCGAAGAAGAAGCCCUCAAGGGACCCCAAGGGAGCGAAGCGCGAGAUCGAGUACGAAAUCGAGAGAGAGCCUGCGGCGAGAGAGUCUCUGCGCAACUAAUACCCUACAUUUCAUGUUCACAGCAUCGGCGUUCGCUUUCGGCAAGGAGUUUCAGCAUCUUAGAGGCAUGGAAAAGUUGCGCAGCACGCACAUCUUGCGACUGUGUUGCGACUGUUACUACGAU